AUGCAGGCAAACAACACGAGAAGUCGUGUGCGCUUUGUGCUCACGAUCGACGGGUUCCAGCGCCACGGUUCAUCUAUCGUUCCUGCGCCUGCAUUCCGAGCGUGCCCACAGAAUUCCUGAUGGCCCUGAGGCAAGGAUCAUCGCGCGGAAGGGCGGCCCCCUUUGAAGGUUUAGAACUUGGUGCCUCGGAAGCAAACAGCCCGAGCGAAGCAUCAGAUCAUUCAGGCACCCCAUUCCAUGCACAGCCCUCGCGCACGGGCAGCACGGCGUCGGUUUUUGACCAGGCUGAUGCUGCGAACGCUGCCCGGGCCUUCCUGAACUCUCUGCAAGAUUUCCACCCGCCGGACUCGAACGAGAGGUUUGAGUCUCAUGGUGCUCUGGCAGCGCGAGCCACUGAAAGUGUGCGGUUAGGCUCAAUUAAGCAAGCCGAUCAGUCGCCCUCGUGUUAAGCGACCCGCCGAGAUUAAGGUUGGAGACUUGGACAACAACUACCGUACUGUGUUUUUGCCACGUACGCCUGAAGUUCGAAAUAGUUUCGUCCGGUAGGACUUCGAAGUACCAAGAAACUUCUCGUUUGGUAUCGUUCAAAAUCGGGAGACAUAGCAGUGUGGGAAGAAGGCAGCACAUGGGGUCGGGGGGUUUGAGCUGCCGUCUUCGGCUGAGUAGCUCUGACGUUAAGGCUCUGGCAGGAGCCUCCUCUGAGCACAGCGCUGGUGGCGCGUACCCGUCGUGUUCAACUACUGUGUCGAAGUCUCUCGAAGCAUUCGUCGAGCAAAGCAAAUAUGCACACCGACUUUGAUGAACUCAAGAAACAGAAAAACACCGGUGGGUUGGGAAAACUUGCACUCGGUUAAUACAACAUCAAGUGCUUCUCUGUCUGUCUCGAGGUCCGUGGAACCUGUGGACAAUUUUUUCCCGAUGUAUCAUGAUUCGACUGCAGCAUUUUCCAGGAGGUAAUCGCGCUCAUUUAGUGUCUUCAGUAAGGUUUUCAAGUGUCUCGUUUUGGGCUUCUCCAAACUCGUCGAGAACACCUCGCUUCGAUACUCAUGUCGAGGCCUCUCGUCGUUCCGUGCCAUGCAUCCGCUAGCCUUGGUGAGGCAAGACCCCCAGCGGACGCGGAGUUCGCAGGACGAGGGCCAAACAAUGUAUCAACAAGGCAGUGGCCGUGUUCUGAUUUCAAGUUGAAACAGUUUCUGCCAGGUUCAGUGUACCUCUGGGCGUGCGGCGAGGACAUCGAAGCUCGCAACUACGGAGAUGUCUGGAUGCCCCCUGAAGCAGUGACCGCCUGGGUUGUCCUGAUUGUAAGACGUUGAGUUGUGGUGGCAUGAAAACCUGCUCGAGCUCGAAUUCCUCUGCUGUGUGCUUUGUUGGAAAUGGCUGAUGCAAGUAGCGUACUCACCUGUUUGUUUUGGGAUACUUGGUGACCCCUAAGGCAGGACAACGGGUGUCGUUGUGUAGCCUGAAAUCUUGUCAAUUGGACUAAACAAAUUGAAUCCAAGGGUGACGAAAUUGAAUCCGAGGGUAACGAAGUGAAGAAACCAAUUCGAGGGAGAAACGUCCCUCUCUUCUCUCCGCGCGAAACCUUCUCCGCAGACGCAGCUACUGUGCUACUUGGUGCUGUGUUUGGUGUCAGGAAACCAGUUUGCUGCAGACGACGAACCUCCCAGCUACUCAAUCGUUGCCGUGGCGGUGGCAGUAUAUCUCAUGCUGUCAAUAGCUGCGGCAGACUUGUGGGGAGGGUGGGCUCUUCUCGUGGAAAGGCGUCGUUCUGGGGACCCCUGGUUUAAAGCGCGGAAGGCGUUCGGGCUCGGUCUGCUUGCUACAUUUUCGAUGAUGGUUGUGGCAUCGACGCGAGUGCUGUUUUACUCCUCGUUUGAAAACAUGGAGUUGGUUAUUGGAGCCGCCACGGUCCUGUUCAUCGCCGAUGUGGACGAGAAGGCGAUGAAUGUGCUGAGCAAUUUCCGUGGUCAAUGGCGCCUUUUCUGGGUUAUCGAGGCCAUCGGCCUGAGCUUUGGGCUUGCACUACUCGCGGUGAAAGCAACGGGAAACGACGGGAAUGUUGAUGGUGAUAGCAAGAGUGAGGGUUGCAACUCGGUAUUUUGGUCGAGUGAAUGCGGGGUUUACAACUGGUUCUUCGUCUUCACGACACACCCAGUCGCCGCAACAGUCGUUGCCUUGAUGCUUACAAGUUGGCUUUCGAGACCCCAUCCGUGUGUAAUACUUGGCAAGUUUUUCCCUUGUGGAGAGUGGUUUUGGUUCUCAUGUCUGUCGCUCUGUCGGACAUCAUUGGCUUGCCUUGGGCAGAUAACGCAUAAGGUGUUGAACGAAUAUCUCCAUACUCCAACUUGGAGUAUAUUUGUGAACGUACCUGUAAUCACCUACCCCCGCACCCUUUUGGGAAUAUGCACCGCUCUUUAUGCCGCUUGCCAUCUUCAGGAGCUGAGACAGUUGGACUACAGUUGUAGUAUGCGCUCAACAGACAUAUUCCGGCGACGGUGCCUGUACAUCCCGAUGCUGGUAAAUGUAGUUUUCGCCGCUGUCCUAAACACUAUUUCUUAUUUCAUGUCUUCUUCUAGCGAUGCAGGUCCAGGACCGCUACUGUUCAAUUUAUUCGGCAUUCAGCUUGGGUUUUCCGCAGUCUUGAACACGGGCUUUUUUGCGUGGCUUGUUUUCGGGACGGGGUUGGCGGGGUUACCUUCCGAUGAUGACAAACCAUUUCACCAGGAUAUGAAACCAGCACCGCUUAUGAGGUCGAUGUUGUUGGGGUGGGGGCUCAGUGCAGGAUUCUCUGCGGUGUCUGCUUGGGUCGAUGUGGUUGCCAACUAUAUUUUUGUGCCGGUGGGAAUAUCCACUGUGGUGAUUGGAGUAGGAUGGCUGCUGUUCAGGAUGCUAGUGGGGACCUGGUUGUGGAGUGGGUCGCGUGAAAUGCGCUGUAUUGCGUAUUGGGUGGCGGUGGCAUGGAUCGAACAAGUUGUUGUUGACUGUGUGGUAGGCUGGGUUUACGCGAGAGUUGAAUCCACGGUGACCUGAGUGUAGUAAAGGACAGGUUGGUGCAAUUGUUGCGUUGUUCGCAACUAAAUUAUCCUACGCCAAGAAGCUCCUGACGGGGCAUAGUUUCGUUGGCCCUCUUCAGCAAGACCGUUUUGGGUUGUUUAGCAACCUGGAUUUUGUUAUGGAUCUAAGAAGAGGUUGACGGCAUUGUGAACUGAACGGUGUGUAGACAUUCGGGUAUUCAGCCGUCUGAACACGUUUUUUCAAUCCGAAUCGAAGUACAAUCUAAAACAUUAUGGCAAAUGCCCGAUACCCACACUAAACUUAAGCAAAACCUUCUAAAACCCAUUACCAAAUCUACCGUAUUGUGCCAUGGGGUUUCGUUGGGUUUUUGGCCUCUUGAUGUCGUUUUUCGCAAUCCGAGAUUGAUUCCAAUCCGGAUUGAAAAAUUCAUAUACUUUUCCCUGUGGUACCGGGAACAUCGCCCCUACGGACGUAGAUGUAUUGCAUCUCUACAUCUCGUGCCUUAGGAAACAUGACACAAUAUUCAUGACGAGCUUCGUCGAGGGUCUUGGAUUUCAGGUCACGGUUGAUCACUUGACCGUCCGCCGCUAUUUUCAGCGCGCUCAUUGUUGUUGUGUGGUGGGUGUGCUGGUGUGCGUAUCUUUUGGACGCGGCGGAACCUCGUCUGUGGCUGUUAUGGUAUUACAGAGCUAGGAGAUAUACACAGAGCCGGGAGAUAGAUACAGAGUCAGAAGAUACAUGCCCGUUGGAUAUAGCGAUGUGUGAUCUACACUCAAAGAUACAGGCUCGGGUUGAUGCAUGUAGCUUUGAGAGAGGUUAGGUCAACGGUCGGACAUUUGUGUCCAGCAGUAAAGAGCCACGAAUGAUUGCUGUCAGCAAUCAGAGCCCUACGCUCACUUGCCGGCACCAGCCCUCCUGCUUGAGAGAUUCUAACAAGGCGUGAGUUGACACCUUGGACCGACACCCU